AUGAAACAGAGAAUCUAUCUGGGCAUCGAGCAGCGGGUGCACCUUAGAUCACCGGAGGGCCCUCGGCGGCGGGAGAGGAGAAACGAUUACCCGCCGGGGUGA